UACAAAAAAUUGCUGAUAGUUUUCAAAGGCUAGUCGAAGAAAUGACAAGGGUAGGAGAUGCACUUGAGAUUCCGAGGAGGAAUAACAUAAUAAAUGAUGAUAUGCCAGGAAGAGAUAAUCACCAAAAUGAACCCCUUGAAAGACAAAAUAAUGAUAAUCAAGAUAUGCGAAGGAAUAAUGGUAAUUGGCAGAGAGAUGUUAGAAUGGUUAAUAGAGGUCAAGAUGCAGAUCAGAUUUUGCAUGUUUGGGAUAAUAUAAAAAGGAAUCAGAAUAAUGAGGGGAAUUAUCAACAAAAUGCUUAUAAUCACGUAAUCGGGAAUUGA